AGUUCAUAGUGGGAGGUCACAGGCAGCAUAACAGGAUUUUCGUUCACACUCGUCCUCUUGUUGUCUGUCACUGUAAAUCUGCACUAGACCGCAAUGCCUACUGAGAAACUGUGAAACUCUUAGUUACAGACUGCAGAAGGAAAACUUUUAGGGGUUUUUGCCUACUUGGAGAAGCCACAGACUCUUUAGCCAGAGCUAAGGAUGAUGGCAGAAGGGAGGUUUUCCAGUCUGCCCAGGAACAUGCACGUUGGGCGACAGUGCACUCUCACCUCUUCUAUGGACCUGCUAAGCUCACGGCCUGCCAUGCCCGAGAUGUUGCCCGGCAGUUACCAGGACGUCUCUAUCCACGGUACUCUGCCUCGCAAGAAGAAAAUCAGCCCGGAGGCCUCUAUGAAGAAGUGGGAGAUGAAUGGAAAUGUGGGAACAGCAGCAGGCCACUCCGGCCGGUAUCGCCUGCCACCAUCACCACUAAUACACAACAUCAUUGAAGAACAUCAGAACUUCCACUCGGACAGAACUGGAAGCGUGGCAUUAAGGGACGCCGCAGGCAUGGACCCUACCAUGGAGUAUGUCAAGUUUUCGAGGGACAAGUACAUCAUGGAUGGACCGCCAGAGAAGCUACGGAGAGAACUAGAGGAAGAACUGAAACUAAGUAGUGAGGAACCACGAAGCCAUGCCUGGUAUCACGGAGCCAUCCCUAGACAGGUGGCAGAAAACCUGGUCCAGCGGGACGGCGACUUUCUGAUUCGCGAUUCACUGUCCAGCCCGGGAAACUACGUCCUGACCUGCCAAUGGAAGAACACAGCCCAGCACUUUAAAAUCAACAAACAAGUAGUAGCCUUGAACGAGGCCUAUUCACGGGUUCAGUACUUGUUUGAAAAGGACGGCUUCGACAGCAUCCCGGCGUUAGUACGAUACUACGUGGGCAACCGCGAGCCGGUUUCCGAGGUUGUGGGAGCCAUUAUAUUUCAGCCAAUCAACAGAGCUCUGCCUCUCAGAUACUUGGAAGAGAAGUACAGAGUCGGAUGUACACGCACGGAGGUGGGAUACUCGGAUAGGAAGAAUCUGACUUCCAAACGGUUGAGUCUGAAUAUCGUGAACGGACACGCCCAGGAUCACACCCUCGGCCGUGGGAAUCUCCUAAGUAACAAGGAUAAGUGCGGAAGUCAACCAGCAUGUCUAAACCACGUUCAGGAGAGGAGACGGCCGCUGAAGACCCAUCAGUCGGAGAGUUUUCUCCCAAUCGGCUGCAGACCCCAGGCGCAGAUGCCACAUAUGGAGCGUCAGCCGUGCCCCAAAUCGCCAGUUUUCCGAACCGGGAGUGAGCCAGCCCUGAGCCCCACAGUACCCCGACGGAUGACUUUUGACAACCAGCCAGGCGAGGCCAUCCGCGGAUCCGACAGCCAGUUGUGCCCCAGGCCACCCCCUAAACCAAGCAAGGUGCCCUCUUUGAGAACAUCCGGCCCCCCACCGGUACCUCCAAUGAAGCCCCAAAAGCAGCAUCCCUUAUCCCAGCAACCAUCAGGUAGUCUAUCAAGUCCAGAAUUUAGUUACUGUGAACUGAGCCCUGCUGAAUGGGAAAACAUGAACAGCUUACAUACCAACGGCUAUGUGGAACGGCUAAAGACUGAAGCGGAUUUAAAGAGAACUGAUAGCAGCAAUAAGUUGGAUCGCAGUUCUUACCAUAAUGCCAUUCAGGCCCUGGACCACGACAGCGAGGAAGACAACACAGAUGAAGACGAUACCAAAAAAGCUAAAGCUUUCAGAAGACCCGUGGUCGAAACAGAAUCGGCGUUUCAACCGGGAGAGACAAACUUUGGGCUUCUGCCGGCAGAAAACAAGCCUCUGGAGAUGACAGUGUUAAAAAAAGCCAAGGAACUCGUCGUCGGUCAGGAUCCAAAGACGAUUGCUAAACAUAUCCUGCAUGCAGACUGUCAGGUUGCCAGGAUACUGAAUGUGUCCGAAGAGAUAAAAGGUCAGAUGGGUGUGACCUCCGGGCUGGAAUUGGUGACCCUUCCUCAUGGGAGACAGCUGCGUCAGGAUCUCAUGGAAAGGCAUAACACCAUGGCAAUUGGCGUUGCUGUGGAUAUCCUAGGGUGCACAGGAAGUCUGGAGGAGAGAGCAGCCACCCUAAACCGGAUCAUUCUGGUCGCUCUGGAGCUCAAAGACUCUAUGGGAGACCUUUAUGCGUUUUCCUCAAUUAUGAAAGCACUGGACAUGCCUCAGAUCACCAGACUAGAUCACACGUGGACUACCUUGCGGAGGAAAUACACACAGACGGCAAUUAUUUAUGAAAAAUCUUUGAAGCCGUUUUACAAAGGACUGUAUGACGGAAGUGCCGAAAUACCCCUGAGCAAUGCCAGCGUACCACUGCUGAUGCCCCUGCUCACUCUGAUGGAGAGAUCGACGAUUACGUUUGACAGCAUGGACAUCUGGGAGAAUAAUGAUCAAGGCUGUGAAAUCAUGUUCCGCCACCUGGAGGCAGCUCGAGCUGUUGCACGCAAUGCAGACACGUACACCUGUAAUGCACAGCGGGUACUGCAGGAUUUUCAACCCAUUGAUGACAUGUUGGAAAUCCUGAGGACUGAUUUUCAGUUGCGUCUGCUGUGGGGUAGUAGAGGUGCGGCCGUGAAUCAGACAGAACGAUACGACAAGUUCAAACUCAUCCUUACAGCCCUGUCUAAAAAACUCGAACCUCCAGUCAAACACACAGAGCUCUGAAAUAAAGAGACUUUCUAUAUAUAUUCAAUUCAGUAUGAGACUUAACGUGUAAAUAAAAGCCAUCUGUGAAUCUGCUGAAUGUGGAGCCACGUCAAAAAAAAAACGUUUGAAAGAACCGGAAAGGUUGCACCCGAAUGAUGAUGUUCUUCAACGACAUGUGAUCCAGUUUGAAAGCCAUUGCAUCUGGCACCUCUCUAUGAACGGUUACGUGCUUGUAGACUUUCCAAAUGUUGUAUUUGUGUUUCACACGUUUGAAACUGGAAGGUAACAAUUGGUUUAAAAUACAUCAAAGAAGGAAAGGCACAUAAGACUUUUUAUUAAUUUAAAGGUGCAUUGUGUGACUUUUAGAAGGAUCUCUUGACAGAAAUGCGAUGUAUUAUACAUAACUAUAUUAUUAGUGGUGUAUAACGACCAUAGAUAAUGAACUGGAUUGUUUUAAUUACAUUAAAACAAGCCAUUUUUUCACCUACAUAGACCUUCAAUUGCCAAAAGAAUGCAGAUUGUGCAAAGAAAGUUGUGUAUAUUUCAUUACACAGAUAUGUAUAUAUGUGGUCGAUCACGUGAACUGUAAAGUAACAGAUGAAGAAAGUGAAGACAUUUAAUGUAUAGUUUAUACACUUUCUUAGAACGGUUUUUGUCUCUUAUCAUGAAGCCUGCUGGUCAAUGCACACUUGAUCAGUUUAAAGUCCCACAUGGAAAAUGCUGUACAGUUAUCAUUAGUAUAAGCAUGUAAAGACUAGUUUGUGUAAUAUAUUAAGUAUAUUAUAUUAAGUAUUAUUGAACUGUAAAUAUUCACUCAUGAAAUUUUAAAUGUAAUAUUCUGAAUAAUAUUAAUAAUUAUCUAAUAAAAUGUUUUAAAUUCU